AUGACGACGCUGUCGUCCGGCGUCCUCCUGAAGCUCCUGGACGGCAUGAAGAGCGGCGCCGCCAAGCCCGUGGGCGAGCACCGGACGGCGGUGCUGCAGGUGACGGACAUCGUGCCGGCGGAGCUGGACGAGAAGGACCUCUUCCCCAAGCACGGCAAGUUCUACGUCAAGGUCUCCGACGCGUCGCACUCCAUCUACGCCACGCUCCCGCUGGCGCAGACCGACCUCGUGCUCUCCAACAAGCUCCACCUCGGCCAGUUCAUCCACGUCGACCGCCUCGACCCGGCCUCCCCCGUCCCCGUCAUCGUCGGCACCAGGCCGCUCCCGGGCCGCCACCCGCUCGUCGUCGGCACCCCCGACCCGGCCGGGAGGGCCAAGCCCGCCGCGCCGCGCAGGGGAUCCUGGGGCCCCGAGCAGAACGCCGCCAUCAAGCCCACCACGCUCAACUUCGACGCCGUGAGGAUGACGCCGGUCAAGGAGCGGCCGGCCCUGUCGACUCCGGUCAAGGACCGCGCGGGCGCCGCGACUCCUGCCAGGGAGCGCGGCGCUGCGGCGACGUCUGGUCGCGAGCGGGGCGUCGCGGCGUCGCCGGCAAUGAGCUCUGCGUCCGUGAGGAAGAGCAGCAGCGUGCUGCCCAGGCUGAUCAGGAGCAAGAGCUUCGUCGCCGAUAGGGACCAGCAGCAGCAUCCGAGGAUCCCCAAGAGCCCAUUCCCCACUGAGAAGGUCUCGGUGAGCUGCACAGCCUCGAGGGCGACGAGGAGAGUGGCCAAGGAGGAAGAGCCCUCCUCGCCUCCUUCUGAUGAUGAGCUCGGCAGCUCGGCCACGUCCACCAAGAAGCGACCGGCGACAGCUACUCGCGUGCCGGUGCCGGGGAAGCUCAGUCUACUCGGGAAGGACGCAAUCGAGCAAAGAGAGCAGGCGCAGAAGAUUGCCCUGGAGGCACUGCGUAACGCAUCAGCAACGGACAACGUGGCUAGGAUCUACAAGUUGUUCUCAGAAGUGAGCAAGACGGCGAGGCCAGAAGCGCCGGCCACCUGUUUUGAGGGCUUCCUCAACUUCCACAAGGAAGCCGUGCAGGCCGUCACCGACAUCGAGGCGGUCCAGGCGGCCACCUCGAUGGCCGCGGCCGUGGCGAGUGAUGAGCAGCAGCACGAGGACGCACCGCCGGUCCUGCAGGAGAUAGCCCAGAACAGGGCGGUGGUGCGUCGGAGAGGCAUUGGCUUGGGCGGCGUCUCGAAGUCGGUGUCGUUCGCGCCCGGCAAGUUGGACCCGAAGCACGACGAUGGCGGCGGCAAGGCCAUCCGAAGCUCGAGUGCCAGCAGGAAGUACCUCGCCAUGGACAAGAUCGGCGAAGACGGUGGCGACGAGAAGAGAUCAUCUUCUUCUGCUCCUUCCUCUGCCACCACCGCUGCACACUCUCCUCUGGGGUCCUCGCUGAAGCUGGCCAAGCAGAUACAGGCCGAAGCAGGCAUCUGGUUCAUGGACUUCCUGGAGGCUGCGCUGGAGACCGGGCUGAAGAAGAGCAAGGCGUCUGCCAUGGGUGACGGGCGGAAGCAAAGCAGCUGCUGUUGUCCGCAGUCAGUGAUGCUGCGGGUGAUCAACUGGGUGGAGAUGGAGCAGAGCGGCGGCGGCGGCGACAGCAGCUGCAGGAAGAUUGCCCACCCAAGAGCUGCGGCCGUUGCGCGGAAGCUCAGAAUCAAGGCCAAGAACCCCUCCUGA